UAUAUGCAGGGAUUGGUGGAGGUGUGGCUGCUGUUGUGAUCAUCAUCUUAGUUAUCGUCGCCAUCGUUUGUUUCACAAGGAGGUCACAAGGGAGGAUAAAGGGUAUCGCUUCUUCACAAAUGGCGACUUUGACUCAAGCCAACAGGCCUCCAGAAUAUGAAGAAAUAAAUGACUUCGGUAUCCCCAACGGUGUAAUGACAGAGGCACCGUACGCCAGAGGCGUCCAACCUAGGGCACAAGCACAGAGUGACGCGAAUUCUUUUAGAGGAGACAAGAACGUUCUCCUCGUAAAUCUAAAUCCCAAUAAACCGUCGAAUAUAUAUGAGGGGACAAUGGAUGAAACCCUACACGAUGAAAUGACGCCAUAUACUUCACGUGGGACCACUGCCGUCCCACAGAACAGCAACGACCGAUUAAGCGUCCUUUACGCCAUGCCUGACAAGAACGGAAACGGAGCACAGGACGGCUACGACGAAAUUAAUCUCGGAAUUGCACCCUAUUCUUCUUUUAAAAAUUCUGAGCAGCCAACCGCCUUGGCGAAGAUGGCCGACAGAAUGAGCGUUGUUUACGCCGCGCCCGAUAAGAAUCAUGAACGAAACGUCACAUCGGAAGAUAUGGACAGCCUGUAUGCUGUGCCAGAUAAGAAUGGAACCUGGAACCCUUCGGAUGAUACUUCGGAAGAUGUCGGCAGUUUGUACGUGAUGCCCGAUAAAUCCCGAGGAAAGCCAGAUGGACGUGAUGGCGACCAGGAUCCAUACGCAAAAUAUAAUGAUUCAUUUUCUGGUGAUCAAUAUAAUGAAAUGGAGAUGGUUGAAAAUGAACUUUAUACUAUGUAAGAGGUGUCAGUUUGAAGUAACAGUAAACAUGGUAAGUAAAUAGGGAAAAAUUGUUUUUUUUCAGUUUUAUUUGAAAUGUCAUAAAAAUGCCAUUAUUAAAUCAUUCCAUAAUUACAAUUUCGUACACAAUCAUCCACACAUCUUAUUUUUAUGCCCUUUACACUAUCAUGUCCACUCAAUUAAUGCGUUCCUUCAAGACAUACAAAUAAUGUUACUGCGGAGAUGUGGAUGUGUCGUAUUGGAAAUUAUGUGCAAAUUAAAGUAUAUUCAUCAUCAUACAAGAAAUUAAUGCUAAACGGAAAUGAAUUCAUCUUAAAAGCUAUGCCACCUUUAUUAUAUGCUGACAUAGUGAUAAAUUUUCUUUGAUAAUACGGCUGAGGAAAGAGAAUUUCUUACCAACAUAUGGAUAAUUUCACUUUCAUGAUAAUUACAAUAAUUAAUCACCUAAUGUAC